CGCCUCGACUUCACCAAUGCGGGAUUAACCGGCCGCCUCCGCAUCUCCGACCUCGCGCCGCUCCCCGCCCUCACCGCGCUUCUCUUCGCCGGGAAUUCAUUCGACGGAAAUCUCUCCGGAGAUUCAUGCAGAUUUGAAUCGAUUGAUCUCUCGGCGAACAAAUUCACCGAUUUAGGGCUUGUGGCGCAGUUGCUUUCCAGUUGCGGAAAUUUGAAUCUGUUGAAUUUCUCAAGCAAUAAGCUCGUUGGGAAGCUGGAGAGCUCUUUUCCGGCGAGUAAAAGCCUCGAGGUUUUGGAUCUCUCCGGCAACCGAUUGGACGGGGAAUUGCCGGCUGCGUUGUUCAAAAACUCACCGUCGUUGAAAGUCCUUGAUUUGUCGAGGAAUAACUUCACCGGCAAUCUCUUCAAUUUGGAUUUUAGGUCAAUUUCGAAUCUCACUCUGCUCAAUCUCUCUCGCAACAGCUUCUCCGCCACCGGUUUUCCGGCGACCCUACCUUACUGCCAGGGCCUCCAAACUCUGGAUUUAAGCCACAAUUUUAUCAAGCUGAGGAUUCCGGGGGACUUGCUUGCGAAGAUGAUGAAUUUGAAGCAGCUUGUUCUAGCCAACAACGGCUUCUUCGGUGAGAUUCCGCUACAAUUGGGGGAAAUUUGCAGGUCGUUGCAGGUUCUAGAUCUUUCCAACAAUCAGUUAACCGGAGAGCUUCCUUCAACCUUCAUCAAUUGUAAUCAGCUCGAAACUCUCAAACUCAGCACCAAUCAGCUCUCCGGCGGAUUUCUCGAUACUGUGGUGAGCUCCAUCACAAGCCUCAAGUAUCUAUCCGUGGCGUUCAACAACAUCUCCGGCGAAGUGCCGCCGUCGCUCAUUAACUGCACUCGGCUUCUGGCUCUAGACCUCAGUUCCAAUAAUUUCACCGGAAAUGUGCCUUCGGUGCUCUGCUCCGGCAAUUCCGUCCUCGAAAGACUGUUGCUGGCAAACAAUUAUCUCUCCGGCGGAGUGCCGGCGGAGCUCGGGCGGUGUAAAAAUUUAAAAAGCAUUGAUCUCAGCUUCAAUGAACUGCGCGGCUCGAUUCCACCGGAGGUUUGGAUGCUGCCGGAGAUAUCGGAUAUAGUAAUGUGGGCGAACAAUCUGAGCGGUCAAAUCCCGGAAGGCAUUUGCAUCAACGGUGGGAAUCUGCAGACUCUGAUCCUCAACAACAAUUUCAUCACCGGAGCUCUGCCACAGUCCAUUGUCAACUGCACUAAUCUAAUUUGGGUGUCAUUGUCAAGCAACCGCCUCUCCGGCGAAAUCCCUCAAGAAAUAGGCAACUUAGUCAACCUCGCAAUCCUCCAGCUGGGGAACAAUUCCCUCACCGGAGCAAUUCCGCCGCGAAUUGGCGACUGCCGGAGCCUCAUAUGGCUCGAUCUCAACAGCAACGAGCUCCGGGGACCUCUGCCCCCGGAGCUCGCUUCCCAGACUGGCCUCAUAGUCCCUGGAGUCGUCUCCGGGAAGCAGUUCGCCUUCGUCCGAAAUGAGGGGGGCACGCAGUGUCGCGGGGCGGGUGGUUUAGUCGAGUUCGAAGGGAUUCGACCUGACCGGCUGGCCAAUUUUCCGAUGGUGCACGCGUGUCCUUCGACGAGGAUUUAUUCCGGGAUGACGGUUUACACAUUCGCUGGCAAUGGCAGCAUGAUCUACCUUGAUCUGUCAUACAAUCAGCUCUCUGGUGCAAUCCCUUCAAGCUUAGGCUCAAUGGUUUAUCUUCAGGUUUUGAAUUUGGGGCAUAAUGAUUUAAGUGGUGAGAUACCAUCUAGUUUUGGAGGAUUAAAGAGUGCUGGUGUUCUUGAUCUCUCUCAUAACAAUCUUCAAGGAUUCAUCCCUGGAUCAUUAGGUGGUUUGACAUUCCUCAGUGAUCUUGAUGUUUCAAACAAUAAUUUAUCUGGUUUGAUUCCUUCUGGGGGGCAGCUUACCACAUUUCCAGCAGCAAGAUAUGAGAACAACUCUCUCCUCUGUGGGGUUCCCUUGCCGCCUUGCGGAUCGACGAGCGGGGGCCAUGGCCCCCACUCGUCGUCGAGGGAGAAGAGGCGGAGCAUGGCUGUCGGGAUGGUGAUCGGGAUCAUGGCCUCGGUCACGUGUAUAAUGCUGCUUCUCUACGCGCUGUACAGAGCGAAACGGAGCCAGAUGAAGGACGAGAAGCGGGAUAAAUACAUCGACAGCCUCCCGACCUCCGGCAGCAGCAGCUGGAAGCUCUCCAGCGUGCCCGAGCCGCUUAGCAUCAAUGUGGCUACUUUCGAGAAGCCCCUGAAGAAGCUGACGUUCGCGCAUCUCCUUGAGGCCACGAACGGGUUCAGCUCCGAGAGUUUGAUCGGGUCUGGCGGGUUUGGGGACGUGUACAAGGCGCAGCUUAGGGACGGGAGCGUUGUGGCGAUCAAGAAACUGAUCCAUGUUACCGGGCAGGGCGACCGGGAGUUCAUGGCGGAGAUGGAGACAAUAGGGAAAAUCAAGCACAGGAAUCUGGUGCCAUUGCUUGGUUAUUGUAGGGUUGGGGAGGAGAGGCUGUUAGUGUAUGAAUACAUGAAAUGGGGGAGUUUGGAGGCUGUGGUUCAUGACAAGGACAAGAUCGGCGGGGCGAGUCUCGACUGGGCCGCGCGUAAAAAGAUCGCAGUGGGGUCCGCCAGAGGGCUGGCGUUCCUCCACCACAGCUGCAUCCCGCACAUCAUCCACCGCGACAUGAAGUCGAGCAAUGUCCUCCUCGACGAGAAGCUCGAGGCGAGGGUGUCGGAUUUUGGGAUGGCGAGGCUGGUGAACGCGCUCGACACGCAUUUGAGCGUGAGCACGCUGGCGGGGACGCCCGGGUACGUGCCCCCGGAGUACUACCAGAGCUUCAGGUGCACGACGAAGGGGGACGUGUACAGCUACGGGGUGGUGCUGCUGGAGCUGCUGUCGGGGAAGAGGCCGAUCGACAGGGCCGAGUUCGGGGAGGACAACAACCUGGUGGGGUGGGCGAAGCAGAAGCACAAGGAGAGGAGGAGCGACGAGAUAUUGGAUCCGCAGCUGGUGACGAGCCUGUCGGGGGACGCGGAGCUGUACCAUUACCUGCAGGUGGCGUUCGAGUGCCUGGACGACAAGCCGAACCGGAGGCCGACGAUGAUUCAGGUGAUGGCUAAGUUUAAGGAGCUGCAGCCGGAUUCGGAGACGGACACUCUUGAUGAGAUGUCGUUUAAGGAUUCGGUUAUUCAUGAAUCUCCUUAGCUCUAUAAACUCACUGUAUAUAUCUUUCAUUGCUUCUUUUUUAGGACUACCAUUUUGUUUGUGUCCUGUGCCAAAUUUUGUCCAUUCAUCAUAUUGUAUUUCUGUGACAGUUUUGUUAGAAUUCAA